CCUGGAACUCUCGCAGCCACUUUCCGGCCUGGUGGAUGGUCGUGUCUCUCAUGACCUCACUGACCGUGACCUCUGCUGAGGGCCUACUGUGUGCCAGACCUUGGGCACAUUAUCCGUGAACCUCACCUAUAGAUGAGAAAAAGGCCUACAGAGAUUAAGUGACGUGUCCACUCGCAAGAGGCAAGGAUUUGAACUGAGAUCUGACUCCAAAAGUCUGUGCCCUUAACGCUUGGGCAGUGACACCGGAACAAGACGUGGUUUGCCACCUGUUGGCCCGCAGCCUCAGUAAAAUAAAACCAACAGAAAACAAACCUCACGGCGGAGGUUUCUGGCCUAGGCUCGGGGCUGGUGCUGACGCUGAGCCCUGGAACUAACGCCCUUUGUGAGGUUGCCCUGGGAGCUGGCAGCAGGUUCCGUCCUGCGGGGGUAGGGGCCAGAAGCCAGGAUCAAGGACCUGAGUAGAAGAUGGUUCUUGCCAUGCUGGGGGCUCUGUACCCCAGGGCCCGGCUGAGCCUCUUCCUCCUCUACCUCGUCCUGGCAGCUGCCCUCCUCCGCCCCCAGCCGCUCAGGCCUCAACGAUCUGUUCCCGAGGAAUUUUCAGCCCCCCUGGAACUCUCGCAGCCGCUUUCCGGCCUGGUGGAUGAUUACGGGGUCCGACCGAAGCACCCAUGGCCACGAGGGCCUCGACCCCUCCUCUCCCAGGCCCAGCAGCGCAAGCGGGACGGGCCAGACAUGGCUGAGUAUUACUACGACGCACACCUGUGAUGGGCGCCCCUUAUAAAGUUAUUCUGUGCAGCAAUGGCGUGGGCUCUCCUGGGAUCGAACAAACUGGGCAUGGGAGGGGUCCAAGCAGAUACACCCACUGCGGUCCAGGCAGGAAAUGGCACUUUAAUAGUUGUGGCCAGUGUGACAGGACCAAGCUGGGGCUACAGCUGAA